UUGAAGACUCUGUUCACAUUCUUCAAACUGCAACUGUUAAAAGAAUCGGUGGUUAUGGCGGCUUUCGAUCUUCCACCGGAGGUGUUGGAAGUGCUUCCAUCCGAUCCAUAUGAACAGCUCGAUGUCGCACGCAAAAUCACCUCCAUUGCGCUCUUUGCUCGAAUCUCUGUUCUUGAAUCGGAGUCCUCGGAGCUCCGAGUGCAGCUUGCCGACAGUGACGUCGUCGUCGAUGACCUCCAGGCUCAGAUUGACUCGCUGAACUCUUCUCUCUCGGAUAGCCUCGAUAAACUCUCCCGUGUUGAUCAAGAGAAAGAAAUUCUAUUGAACGAGAAUGCGUCGCUAUCAGAACAAGUUAAAAAGCUCAAUCGUGAUGUUGCUAAGUUGGAGAGCUUCAGGAAGACACUCAUGAUGUCGCUUCAAGAUGAAGAAGGCAAUUCUGCCAAGGACCCUCCUCAUGUUGUUGCAUCAACUGUGCCAGACCUUGCAAGUUUGUCAUCUCAGUCAUUUUCUGGAGAAGAUGAGGAAACUGUGCCACCUUCAAGUGCUUACCCAAUCAGGAGUCAGUCAUUAGAUGUACACAAUUCGUAUCAGGAUGAGCCAGUCACGGAUGCUUCAAGACCGCGAAUGUCACCUGGCCUGUUGAUAGCAUCCCAAACAAGCACACCUCGACUAACACCUCCCGGAUCCCCUCCAAGCCUAUCAACAUCUGGAUCCCCAAAGAGGACGUCUAAGCCAGUUUCUCCAAGACGACACUCUAUUUCUUUUUCAACCACAAGAAGCAUGUCUGAUGACAGAUCUUCUGCCUUCUCAUCAGCAACCUCAAGCCCAUAUGGCUCCAUGUCAGGACGGACACGAGUGGAUGGUAAAGAAUUUUUCAGACAAGUGAGGGGAAGAUUGUCAUACGAGCAGUUCGGUGCUUUUUUAGCAAACGUAAAGGAACUAAACUCACACAAGCAAACAAAAGAGGAUACUUUACAGAAGGCAGAUGAAAUCUUUGGCCCAGAAAACAAGGACCUUUAUGUUAUUUUCGAGGGAUUAAUCUCUCGUAACACCCAUUAAAAGGACUACGACAUGUUUUUAUCUGGAGAUUAUGACAUAAUCUUCGUUUUUUUCUUUAAAGAAUCUUGUAAUUCAUGUCAAAAGGACACAUUUCAAAUGUUUGGAAUCAAGAUUGAUUUGAUUUCUAGC